CCAACCUCCCACUUUAGUUGGAACUUUCCCGAGAGAAGAGAGAGAGAAUUUUACGUGAGGAUGAUGAACGUGGUGGCCAUUUGCCUCGUAGUGACGUCGCUCGCGGCGGCCGGAGUCUUGUCUCCGGGCCCGGAGAAGCAGAGCAGCGACCGAAAGAACGACGAGGUGAUCUUGAAGGAGGGCCACCGAGUCGUCGUCGUCGAGUACGACCGGGACGGCCACGCCAACACCAAGGUCUCCAUCUCGCCGGAGCACGACCACGUCCCCAUCAAGCCAGCCUCCGUCUCCAACCUCGAGGGCCACCUCUACCAAGGCGCCAAGGACGUCCUCGAACGCUCCAAGGACAAGGUGAAGGAGGCGGCCUCUUCGGUGGUUCCGGAGCGGAAGGAAGACGGUGGCGGUCGUGGCUAUACUGGCGCGAAGGAGCUGAUAUGUGACGCCUUGGGCAAGUGCAAGCACGGGAUCGCCAGCAGCCUCGAGAAGGCCAAGGAGGAGGUGACGGAGAAGGUCCACAAGGUCGAGGAAGACGCGAGGCAGGCGAAGGAUGCGGCGGAGGAGAAGCUGCGGAGGGCCGGGGAGGCGGUGACGCUGAAGGCGCACGAGGCCAAGGAGAUGGCGAGGGAGACCUUCGAGAGCACGCGGGGCGCCGUGCAGACCGCCAAGGAGGAAGGGAAGAUGAUGGCCGAGGACAUCCGGAGGAACGUGUCGGUGGCAGCCGGGGCAGCGAAGGAGCGGGCCAAGGAGAAGGCGGAGGAAGCGAAGGAGGCCGCAACCAGCGUGGGCUCAAGGCUGCGCAGGCUUGGGGAGACGGCCAGGAGGCACGUGGCCUCGCUGUUCGACAGGAGGACGCUGGCGGGGCUGGUGCACCUACUGGGGUUCGCGAUGGCGUACGGGACGUGCGCGUGGGUGACGUUCGUGUCGAGCUACGUGCUGGCGGGGGCGCUGCCGAGGCAGCAGUUCGGGAUGGUGCAGAGCAAGAUGUACCCGGUGUACUUCAGGGCCAUGUUCUCCAGCGUCGCCCUGACCCUGGUGGGGCAUUUGUUGGGCCAGGGGAGGCAGGUAUUCGCGAGCAAGCCGGAGAUGUUGCAGGGCUUGAACUUGUUGGCCUCGCUUCCACUGGUCCUGGCCAAUAUGCUCUACUUGGAGCCUCGUGCCACUAAGAUAAUGUUCGAGAGGAUGAAGCUGGAGAAGGAAGAGGGCAGAGGGCGAGAGCACCAGGGCGGUGCCGAGGCGACCCGCGCUACCGAACGGAGGCCCCCGCUGCCAGAUGACGCUGCAGCGCCGACACAGGAGGACAGGGAAGGAGACGCCCUCCGGUCCCGAGUAGCGAGGUUGAACGAGAGGCUAAGGAAGCUGAACUCGUAUUCGUCGCUCCUCAACGUCGCGACACUGAUGGCCCUCACUUGGCAUCUGGUCUGUCUUGCCCAGCGCAUCUCGGCGCCGUGCUGAUGUGCACCCGAACUUGGGAAGAUUUUGAUGAAUGCCGGUGCAGUAAAGAGUCCUUUUGCUUGCUUCUGGUUCAUCUGUGUACAUAUACGCCUUUGUGUAUGGUUCGGCUUUGAAACAGAGACCAACUGCUUUUGGGUUUUGCCGUCAUUUGGUCUGAUUGCCCAUACUUCUUAGGUUGGAUGCGCCGCCUCUAUUUAAGUGCUUUGCUACUCAGGGUGCUGCCAUACAAAAUAGAUUUUCUUCGUUCUAUUGGGCUAGGUGCUUCAAGACAAGCCUCUCCAAAAGAUUUAAUU